CUGCUCCCAGCACAGUCAGCUGAAAUCCAGAGCUCAGCUCAGAAGCUCACAGAGUGGGAGCGGACAAAACGCAGCAGCUUUGGUCAAGGCAUGGAAUUUUACCAUAGAGCUCACACUCCAAAACGCACAAAGAGUCGUCCAAAAACCGAGGAUGCAGGAAUGCUGUAACUUUCUCUUCUGACUUUGCUUUGUGGAGAGGAUCUUUUGUCCAUUGCUUGUGACGUGACACAGAGACAGUUCAUCUCUUAAUGCAGCACGUCUGAAGUGGAUCAUGCCCCCUAGAUAGCAUCCUCGUCCUCCUCUCCUCUCCUCCCCCUCCCUGCCCCUCGGCCCCUUCCUCUACCUUCCUUGUCCAGCGCCACAACUGCCACCUGUGCCACCUGUGCCACAGCGGCCACCAUGCCCCCGAGGAAGAGGACGCGGCCAGGCCUGGGCUUCCUGUGCUGCUUCGGCAGCAGCGAGCCCCCGGAGAUCAACCUAAAGGACACCGUCCCACUGCAGCUGCUGGAGUUCAGCGCGCCCAUGCCGCCUGCAGAGGAGCUGCACGCGCGUUUCUCUGAACUAGUGGAUGAGCUUGACCUGACUGAUAAGAACAGGGAGGCCAUGUUUGCUCUGCCCGAUGAGAAGAAAUGGCAGAUCUACUGCAGCAAGAAGAAGGAGCAAGAAGACCCCAACAAGCUGGCCACCAGCUGGCCCGACUACUACAUUGACCGCAUUAACUCCAUGGCGGCUAUGCAGACCUUGUUUGCCUUUGAUGAGGAGGAAAUGGAAAUGAGGAACAAGGUGGUGGAGGAUCUGAAGACGGCGCUUCGGACUCAGCCAAUGAGAUUCGUCACACGCUUCAUCGAACUAGAUGGCCUCACCUGCCUACUCAACUUCCUGCGCAGCAUGGACUACGAGACGUCGGAGAGCCGCGUCCACACCUCCGUCAUCGGCUGCAUCAAGGCUCUGAUGAACAACUCGCAGGGCCGCGCUCACGUCCUGGCCCACCCCCAGAGCAUCAACACAAUCUCACAGAGCCUGCGGACGGAGAACGUCAAGACCAAAGUGGCGGUGCUGGAGAUUCUUGGGGCGGUGUGCCUGGUGCCUGAUGGGCACAAGAAGGUGCUGCAGGCCAUGGCACACUACCAGAAGUACGCCGCUGAGAGGACUCGCUUUCAGACGCUGCUGAAUGAGCUGGACAAGAGUACUGGCCGCUACAGAGAUGAGGUCAACCUGAAGACUGCCAUCAUGUCCUUCAUUAACGCUGUGCUCAAUGCUGGAGCUGGAGAGGACAACUUGGAGUUUCGCCUCCACCUAAGGUACGAGUUCCUGAUGCUGGGCAUUCAGCCGGUCAUCGACAAGCUCAGAGAGCAUGAAAACGCCACUCUGGAUAGGCAUUUGGACUUCUUUGAGAUGGUGCGGAAUGAAGAUGACUCAGAGCUGGCCAAAAGGUUUGAUUUGUCCCACGUAGAUACAAAGAGUGCUGGUGCCAUGUUUGAGUUGAUCAAGAAGAAACUGAGCCACACAGAUUCCUACCCACACCUCCUGUCCAUCCUACAACACUGCCUCCAGAUGCCCUACAAACGUGGUGGUGGCAGCCUGCAGCACUGGCAGCUCUUAGAUAGGAUCCUCCAGCAGAUAGUCCUGCAGGACGACAAGGGAGAGGACCCUGACAUUGCCCCCCUGGACAACUUUAGUGUCAAGAACAUCAUUCGCUUCCAUGGCUACCAGCGCUGUUCAAGGUUGGUCAAUGAGAAUGAGGUCAAACAGUGGCGAGACCAGGCGGAGAAGUUCAGGAAAGAUCAUGUGGAGCUACUAGCUAAACUAGAGAGGAAAGAACGAGAGUGUGACAUCAAGACGCAGGAGAAAGAUGACAUGAUGAAGACUUUAAACAAGAUGAAGGACAAGCUGCAGCGCGAGGGAGUGGAGCUGCGCUCAGCCAGGGAGCAAGUGCUGGACCUGUCGUCACGCAUCCAUGACAUAGCUGGCGGUAGUGUUUCUUUCCCGCCUCCCCCUCCGCCUCCUGGCGGCCCUGCGGCACCACCUCCACCGCCUAUGAUGUGCGGCUUCCCUCCACCCCCACCUCCUCUACCGUUUAGCUGCCCCCCUCCCCCACCGCCUCCUCCUCCACCUGGAGCCCCGCCUCCACCACCAGGUGCUCCUCCCAUGUUUGGAGUCCCGCCUCCUCCCAUCCCGUCAUCAUUCAACUCCAUGAGCAACAUGCGUUCCAAGUCCAUCCCUCAGCCUUCUCAUCCCCUGAAGUCCUUCAACUGGGCCAAACUAGGAGAGAAUGUGAUCAAUGGCACCAUCUGGAAUGACAUUGAUGACCUGAGAGCUUUCAAGAUUCUUGACCUCAAGGACAUAGAGAAGAUGUUUUCAGCGUAUCAGAGACAGCAGGACCUGCUCACUAACCAAUCCUUCAAACAGAAGGAGACGGGCUCUAUGGAUGACAUAUACGUCAGCACGCGGAAAGUCAAAGAGCUGUCAGUCAUCGAUGGCAGACGUGCACAGAACUGUGUCAUCCUUCUUUCAAAGUUAAAAAUGAGCAAUGAAGAAAUCAGGAGAGCGAUAUUAGAGAUGGAUGAGAGAGAAGAGCUAGCCAAAGAUAUGCUGGAGCAGCUGUUGAAGUUUGUCCCUGAGAAAAGUGACAUCGAUUUGUUGGAGGAGCACAAACAUGAGCUUGACAGGAUGGCCCGCGCUGACCGCUUCCUCUUUGAAAUGAGCAGAAUUGACCACUACCAGCAGAGACUACAGGCUCUGUUCUUUAAGAAGAAGUUCGCAGAGCGUCUAGCUGAAACCAAGCCUAAGGUUGAAGCCAUUCUGAACGCAUCCAGGGAGGUGGUCCGGAGCAAGCGUCUGACUCAGGUUCUGGAGGUGGUGCUGGCCUUUGGCAACUUCAUGAACAAAGGCCAGAGAGGCAAUGCCUACGGAUUCAAGGUCUCCAGUCUCAACAAGAUUGCUGACACAAAGUCCAGCAUAGACAGGAACAUCACCAUGUUGCACUACUUGAUCAUGAUCUUUGAGAAGAACUACCCAGACACGCUGCACAUCCAGGAGGACCUCGGCACUGUGCCAGAGGCCGCUAAAGUCAAUUUGGCAGAGUUGGAAAAAGAAGUACACAGUAUCAAAAGUGGACUGAAGGCCUUAGAGGCGGAGCUGCACUACCAGCAGAGCCGGACGAGGGAACGCGGGGAUAAGUUUGUGGCUGUGAUCGGUGACUUCAUCACUGUGGCUGGCUUCAGCUUCUCUGAGCUCGAAGACCAGCUGAGUGAAGCCAGGGACAAGUUUGCCAAAUCCCUGAAGUACUUUGGGGAGGAAGAAGGCAGGAUGCAACCUGACGAGUUCUUCGGGAUCUUCGACACGUUCUUGCAGUCGUUCAGCGAAGCACGACAGGACCUAGAGAAUAUGCAGCGACGCAAGGAUGAGGAGGAGAGGAGGGCACGGAUGGAGGCCAUGCUCAAGGAGCAGAGGGAGCGGGAACGGAGGUCCAAGAAGAGUGGAGCCUCAGAUGAGGUUGGCGGGGAGUUUGACGACCUGGUCUCUGCGCUGCGCUCUGGGGAGGUCUUCGAUAAGGACCUGAACAAGUUCAAGCGCAACCGCAAGCGCUCUGUCAACCAGCUGGUGGAGGGUGGUGGUCGCGAAAGAGCCGUCACCAAGGUCAACUACUAGGAUGGGAGAAGGAAGUUAAAAAACAAAACAAAAAGAAAGAAAGACCCUACACACCUAAAUUCUGCCAUGCCGUAGAUCUCUUUACACCUUUAGUCCUGGAGCAGUGACUGUUGACGCUGGGGAGGAUGUAAAUAACGGCUGGGCUGGACAUGUACUUAUAUGUGUGAACCGCUCUGCUGUCUUGAAGAAGCAGCCCUCUCCUCUAAUUGGUCUUGUAAAGCUAUUUUCAACCUGUUUAUCCUGGAUGUUGAAUGAUCUCCUGAGCUGGAUGAUGGACGGAUAGGUGGGUGGACACACCACUGUGACACAUUAUCCUACGUCAUUUGACCAUAUCCUUUUAACACUGUGCUCAAGGUUCUCACCCCACAGUUUCACUUUCGCUGUCAUUCCCUCUCCAACCUUUUACUGUUCCACUGUAACCUCCUUGGUGCUGGGGAAGUCCACAUCCCUUCCCUAUCUGGUUCUAAAACACAAGACUCUGGGAUCAGCCAGUCACACUGUAUAUAGAUGUGAUGCCAAGAGAACGGAUAUGGAAACAUACUAAGAAGUAUCUCCAGACAGAUUAUAAAACUUAAAAGAAAACACACACAAAAAAAGAAAUUGGAGGAACUAAGCCAUAGGUGUUCCCAGAAGAAGAGGUUCCUCAGCCGCAGAAUGGACAGAUGCUCCUAAACUAGUACUUUCUGAAAGCACUCUAGGAUUCUGUAAGAGUGCGGAAGAACACACGAUGGGCGGUUGUCGCUUCAGAAGAGAAGAUUCAAAGCAAGUUUCUCCAACGGCUCACAUCAUUCCCAAGGAAGGCGUACAUUCAGCGGACUUGGCGGGUUUUUACAUGAGACGAGCGGCUCUUCUCAAGGCAAGAACAACUCCUCGGCUUGAUCCACCCGACAAAACGAUGACUGUGCCACGUGGGUUAAGCCUCAACUACACUCUGAGACGGUGUCUACAUUGCUCUGGCAUUAAGCAGUGCCAAAGCAAAGAGAAAACACGUGUAAAUGUAUUAAUACAAAACAUACUGCAAUUAGGCGUUGAUAUAUAUUUAUAUUUAGAUGCAGACAAGCUAAUUGCAAAGAUGUAGAGGUUUUUUAUGUUUUGGCAUUUUGGGAUUUUGUACACACAAUGCAUUAUUUGUUGUUGUUGCAAGUUCACAUUGCUGUUGAAGUGAAUUUCUAUACAUUUUGCGCUUUAUGUAAAAGAGAUAACUGCUUGUCCUUUUCACACCUGUACGGCUUGUUUGCACUGUAGCUAUUCUGACAAACUUUACACUCAAAAGUCUACAAGCCAGCUACGAUGUUCUCUUUCUCCCAGAUGAACUUUAUCUAUAACAAAGAUAAAAACAAUGGGGUUCCUGCAGCUUCGCUGCUUGGACCCCCAAUGAAGGAAGGCCAAUUUAAAGUUCAAGGCACAAUCUGCAGUUAGUUUACAAUGCUCUCCCUGCUCUGCUGUCAGUCUGUUUCAUCACAGCGUCACCUGGAAUCAGACUCAUCAUACUACAUCUCACGUUUUUUUUGGGUACAACAUGGCACUUAAAGGGAGUAGACAUGCCACUUGGUAGAAGCUUUGAGGUUCCUUACUGGCCCUCAUUUAAAGGAGGUGCUCACCUCACCCCGAGCAACCGGUCACCAAACGAGUGUCGGACCCAGACACCCGAAGCCAACCUCAUUUUUAAAUGCAUUUCCAAAAAACGUAGCAGUGGGUGCACCAGAGGCUGUGUUUUAGUGCAGGGGUCACCCCGGUUAACAUUUAGAUCCAUUUCUAAAAGUGCAGUGGCUGUUUACAGGAUGUUGUCCUACAGACGGGCUCAGAGUCUCAAGUGGAGGCUUCACCGUGAAAAGAGUCACUCACAGUCUCUGCUUAUGGUUCUAUUCCAUUCCAUCAGUCACCAAAUGAAAGGAAGAAUCAAUAUGAACAGCAUAUAAUUUUCUAAACAGAAUCAUCCAGUAAGGUUUAAAUGACUCCUUCCAUUCACAUAUAGUACAUGGUACACUAAAGGGCCAUAUGUGAGGUUUCCAGGGUUGCACAAAGAUCACACUAAAAAAUUCUUUUGUUAACAAAUCUAUGUAGAAUCAGAAGAUGGGGCUCUUUCUCUCUUUCCCUUAACAAACCCAUCAAUUAACACCUGUUGCUGUAGCUAUUAUUGUGGCCCUAUGAAUGAAUAUUCCAGCGUGUCCAUACUCCUUCACUUUCUAGCUUUUCUUCCUCAUCUAUAAAUGUUAACCUUUAAGUGCCUCUGAUCCUGUUUUCACAGUUACUGUUCCUGUUACAGUGUUUUAGAGUUUGUGACGUUCCAAAACGUGAGUAUUUACAGUACGUGCUAGUAAAAUGGCAUUUGGGAUCAGGCUAACUGGCGCCAUCUUGUGGCUUGAGAUGAUGCACUUCACUUUGUGUUCACUACUAGUUGAAAGCAGUGUUGACGUGAUCUGGCCCUUGACUCUACAAACUGGACUCCACUCUGUGUAUUUAUGUCUGAUGUGGGUGGCAUGUCAUCAGGGAGGUUUAGUCUCUCCAUCCGUAUAUGUAAUCUGUGCUCAGUUGAACCCACUCCUUUCCCCCAUAGCUUUAAUUCAUCGACAGACCUUUCAGAAUGACACCUCGGUCUACCAGGAUUUAUACCUUCCUUAGUUCCUAAAAGGGAGAAAAGCAGAGCAUCAUGCAGCUCCCACAGCCCCACUCUUGGACACUACGGAUUAAAUCGAAAACCAAAUUUUGAAAAUGACAAAGGAGGAAAUGACAUAUGAUUGCCUAUUUCUAAACCAGCAUUUCAUGUAUAUGUGAGCUACUCUAUUUUCUAACAUCUACUCCUUUGUCUUUCAAGUUAAUCAGUGUCCAGACUUCAGCAGACCCUUUAAACUCUUCAUUCAGAGCUUUAACCAUAUUGUAGUGCAGACUAUUUACUGAGGGGUAUUGUGACAUUGUCAGUAUUAAUACAUGUCUGUGUUGUUACAUGUUUGGAUGUUUAUUUGGCCAUUGACUGGCUGAUUUUUGGAGUGUAAAGAUGGAAAUCAGACGAAAGAAAUUAGUAGCUUGUUCAAUGCACUUUUACGAUGGGACAUUUCCAUUUGCGGCACCAUUUUGAGGGCUUGGGUCCCUCCAGACAUGAGAGGGGUGCAACAGAAGCGGUGCAAAAAAAAGAAAAAAAAAACUGGUGUGUAGAGGAAAGAAAGAAGAAGGGCAAGUGAGAUUAGGGACUCCGGCUGGGCCGCUGGAAACAAAUCAAGGUUGAGUCAGAAGGUUGAAUGGCAGAGAUGGGAGUUGGAAGAUUUUUGGGUGGGUGGGGGGCGGGGGGAGUUCUUUCUGUCUCCACCACAUUUCUGUCAUUACAUGCACAUGCUGUUGACCUGCAUGCCCAAAGAAGGGUGCACAAAGUGUGAUGUGUUGACUUUUAACAGAAAAUUGCUUGCAAAAUGGAACACACACCACAGUUUGUACUGCCUGAGAGAAAGAAAAAAAAAAGUUGCACCCAUUCUUCGAGGUUGUAUAGUUGUGAGGAGUCAGUAUUUUUAUGGUUGGAAAAAAAAAGUAUCCUCCGCUGAAAGAUGUACAGUUGGAAAAAAAAAAAAAAGACGCGUUUUGUACACCGUUCUUGAUGUUUGAGAUAAGAUUAAAAAACGGAUUAACACAUUGAGGAAUGUUCCAUUUUCCUGUAAAUUGUACCUCUAUUUAUUUGCCUUAUUUAGUUUGCUAUAUUUUGUAUGUACACACAGCAUUACAACAAAAUGUUAUAUUAAAAAUAUGAAUAAUAAAAUAAAACUGUGGUCCGUGUAUGAUGGAUAGUUCUGAGACUUGUAUAAGAAUGAGAAUUGUUUUGUUUGUUUGUUUGUUGUUUUUUUUUUUUCAUUUCUAUAAUUUUAUUUUUGUUUUGUAUUUUCUCUCACCCUGUGUCUUUUGUAGGGUUACAAUAAAAUUUUGUCCCUUA